AUGCCUCGACGGUCGUCCCGUGUAACCGCUGGGCCUGCAGCAGCGGCUAUGGGACCGGCGGCACCGAAGAGGCCCACGUCCUCACCGCUCGACACCACAGCUUCGGAGACAAAAAACAAGAGACAGAGAUUCUCGCAAAGUACGGCCCGCCGGAAGCCUAUCAGAAGCACCGCGAAGAAGAGCAAAUACUUCGAGAAACCAGCUGCAGAUGAUUCCGAGUCCCACUCCGCGAAUCAAAAGUCCGAUUCCGCUUACGAGGAGGACAAUGGGACCACAACUUCGGGCUCCGACUUCGCAGAAUCUGAGGAGGAGGAGGAGGAGAAACCAAAACAGAAAAGACGUGGCAGGACUACCAAGAAAACGCGAAUUCGAGUGACGGACGAUGAAGAUGAAGACAGUUCAGUGCUGGAGACACUCAAAGGGAAAGAGCUGUGGAGAGAAGGUGUACGAACAGGACUGGGGCCAGGAAAAGAAGUGUUCAUCAAAAAACCGAAAGCGAGAGAUCCGGGAGACAUACCCUAUCGAGACGAGACGAUACACCCCAACACCUUGCUGUUUCUCAAGGAUUUGAAAGAGAAUAACGAGCGACAAUGGCUCAAAGGUAUCAACACCGACUCCACGUUUUACGGAAUACCGACACACGAUGCGGACUAUCGGAAUUCCAAGAAAGACUGGGACUCCUUCGUCGAAAGCCUCACGGAAAAAAUCAUCGAAAAGGAUGAUACUAUCCCUGAACUCCCAGCCAAGGAUCUGGUCUUCCGAAUCCAUCGAGACAUCAGGUUCAGCAACGAUCCUACUCCGUACAAGCUUGGUGGGCACAAUUCUAAUCAUAUUCUCGAGUACAGUCAGCUAACUCAUACGCACAGGUCCCGAACAGGGAAGAAAGGCCCUUACGCAGCUUACUAUGUUCACUUGCAGCCUGGCUCCUGCUUCGUAGGUUCGGGCUUAUGGAUGCCAGAAGCCAGUAAGCUCGCGCUCCUGCGGGAGGACAUCGAUCGAAAUUCGCAACGGCUCAAGGCUGUCUUAAGGGACGCUGGCAUGCGGAGGGAGUUCUUCAACGGGAUUCCUGACGAUGAGGACAAAGCUGUCAAGGCAUUCGUCAAUCAGAAUCAAGAAAGUGCUCUCAAAACAAAGCCAAAGGUUGGUUUUUCAUUUCCUUCAAGCACAGAGAGUCCCUUAGCCGUUAUCAUCAACGACCCAUCCCCAUUCCCUGAGUCUGAACCAUCCUUCUGUAUCCACCAACCUGGGAAAUUAUUGUUGUCCAACUCGAAAAGAUCUCGGAAUAUUGGUCUCAGACCAGGGUAUCACGUUCAUUCAAGGACAGUUGGGGGAGGAAAAGGAGGACGCGUCGGAUGCGGUGCCACGAAGGCCGGCUCAAGUUACCUUGACUCUGGAUCGUUAGCAGCUCAGAGACUUGGGAGAAACUUGUUUCUCCCAUUGGAGCUAUCUUUUGCGACAAUCUGUGAGAUCUCUCGUAAGAUGGGUGAUGGGAUACGAUACGGUCGAUGGAUCAAGCAAAGGGUGCGACCCUCAGACACGCUGUCCAAACGGACAGCACAGGUCAUUGGCGUGGCACUGAGGUCGAAGGAUAAAGCAUUCAUUCAUCUCCAGCAACACCGUCUCGUCAGCAUACAGUUCAUCAUCGUCACCUUCAUCGACGUCUUCAGUGGGGUGGCCUGCAGGCUUGCAUCCCCCUGUUUUGGCGGUGGAAGAUGUGCCGCAGAUGGGAUGGGGCUACGGGCGGGUGUCUCGAGUCUGGAAAGCCAAAUGCCUUCCCGAUUCCCGCGAUCCAGCAGGCGCUGUCCCCUUCCUCUCUCUAGUGGCUUCAUGCCUGGCUGCCCAAGAAUCCUGUUUCUGGAACCGUCGAGGCUUCUCGUCAGCUGGGGCUACGAACUUGACAAUCCCAACAUCGAGUUGCUGCGACUACGGAGUUUCACAGUCGGCAAACCACUUUCGGACGAAGAUUUCCUGAGUCCCAACGCGCAGGAGAAGAUUGCAGAUCUCAUUGGUGUUAUGGUUCCCUUUGUCACCUACCUCAACAGCGUUGUCAUGCCGGAUCCAGCGGAUGACGAGCCUAGUGGAGACCACGGUUCUGCCGACGAGGACUGA